GAACAAAGAGGAUACCGCUGAGGUGAAAGUAGCAACCUUUCAUAAGAAACUGUAAGGUCUGAGUGAGGUAAAACUCUGUUGCAAGGCUCAACUAAGGUUGGAUCAAUAGUUUGUACAGAGGUCGUGGGGGGGGGGAGCCCUGCCCACCCUCAGAUCAGGAUCAAAAUUCAGCGGAAUCCAGUAAAGGGGGUCCAGAGGGAGAGUUCUGUCUAGUAGUCCAGACAGGGCCAUCAGGCCAUAGAACACCCUACUGGCGCUCAGGUGGGGCCACUUCAUUUUAUCUGUGUCAUGGGGAGAUCCCUGAACCCAGGAUCGACCCUGAAAGAGGAAACAAUCAGCAGGAGGGGUGGUUGAUUCACCCAGUGCCUAUGCCAAAGCCUAACACAUCUGUAAUCAAGAAAGUUGUGGCCUACUUUAACCCCAGAUUACGGUCUUGUAGUAAUUUCUGCCUUUAUAAAAUCACCACCUGAAUCACUAACCCACUGUGCUUGGACCUGCAAAUAUGAAUCCAAAGGAAAGCUGAGAUGGAGAAGAAGAAAAAAUAAUCAACAUUCUGGGCUUGCAGCAGUUUGUAACUGAAAAAUAUGGCUUGCUGCUCUUGUUUUUUAUUCCGUAUAUAGCAUCAUUUCCCACCCCCAGCCCUUAACUCUGAGCUCUUAAAUAUACUGAAUAUUAAAAGAGCUACAUCACAACAAGGCUAAAAACAAAUACCGCUAGGAGAGCACCAACAUGAAAAUACCUCUUUACUGGCAUUUCAAGCCUCUCCUACAUAAUCAUGCCCUGCAUAUACAGCAAAAUUGUGCUCGUGUCUCCAUUCAGGAAGCAAUAACAAAAAAAAGUUUAAUUUCAUUCAUAUUUUAAAAGCACUAAUGGAAGAGUACAGAAAGUACUGGAAAAUAAACUUCAUCGCCUCCUACCGGCUAGCUAACAACAUAUAAUCCAUAACACCUAUUUGCAAAGCUUGUUUAAUUGAAGGGUUUUCCUCCACAGAAUUGCAUGGCAUGUACAUUGGUAACAAAGAAAAACGCUCUUUUUGAACAACAGGAGCUUUCUGAAAACUGUUAUGAAAGGGGGAAAUAUAUGAGACCCCUUAAAAGGCACAAGACACUAGACAGACAGUGUGUGUGUGUGUGUGUGUGUGUCUCUCUCUCUCUCUCUCUCUCUCUCUCUCUCUCUCUCUGACAAACAGUGCUGAGCAGCUUGGAACUUGCAUUUUCCGAUGGCUUUUCUUGCCUACCGGAAGGGUUUUUUUGUUGAUGCUAAGAGGAGAGAGAUAUUUUCCCAAAUACCAUGCAGUGCGUGUAGGUGUUAAAGGCAAGGGGAAGAGGCUUCAGACUGAAAAAACUAAAUCUAAGGAAUGUUGCAAUUUGCCCUUUGGUAAGGGACAUAUUUUCAAAUAGAAAGAAGUGGCUGGGGGUGGGGGAGAGAAAUAAUGGCAGUGAGGGAUUAGAAGCACAUUGAUUUCUUUUGCAAGCAUUGAGAGAAUGUCACAAAUAAGUCUCUGAGGCAGAGGCGGUCUGAAACAUUUUAGUGCCUGAGGCAGGAAACCCAAAAUGGCACCCUCCCACAUGGUGGCAAAUCUGCAAUAAUGCACUAAAUAAUUUACAAUUUGCCACUCUUUUUCACAGGGGAUGGAGUUUUUUUUGAAAAGCAACAACAACAAACUUUAUAUGGUUGGCUUUUUUUUACAAAAACGCAGUAUAGCGUCAUAAACACGUAAGCAAUAUACAGGUGAGAGCAUUGGUUGAAUUUCUGCCGUCCUGUAAAAUAUCUCUUGUUCUUUACUUAUGAGCAGAAAACUCCUGUUUUGUUUGUAGUGUCACCUUACACAGUCAUUCCACAGAAGACCAUGUGUGGCUAGUGGUUACAAGCUAUGCUCCUUUUGUGCUACAUUAGUACAGUGGUACCUUGGUUCUCAAACUUAAUCCGUUCCGGAAGUCCAUUCCAAAACCAAGGCGCACUUUCCCAUAGAAAGUAAUGCAAAAUGGAUUAAUCCAUUCCAGACUUUUAAAAACAACCCCUAGAACAGCAAUUUAACAUGGAUUUUACUAUCUAAUGAGAACAUUGAUCCAUAAAAUGAAAGCAGUAAACAAUGCACUGCAGUCACACAAUCAAUCAAUCAAUUAGUAGCUGAACUGGAUUUCACACAGAAACACACACAAAAAGAGCCACAAAAACAGAAAAUAAAUAGCAAAAACAGACAGACCUCAGUGUCACACUCAAAACAGAAGUGUCACACUCAAAGCAGAGCAUGUUCGGCUUCCAAAAAAAGUUUGCAAACCAGAACACUUACUUCCGGGUUUGCAGUGUUUGAGUUCCAAGGCAUUUGAGAACUAGGGUAUCACUGUAAUAAAGAGAUGCCAUAUCAUUUGAAGCUUUUUCCCCCUUUUGUCUUUUAAAAAAAAUGUUCCUGUCUUUCCCCCUUUGUGCCAGUUUUUCCAUCAGUGCAUUUGUCCACAAUCCUUUCCAGGCGUUGUUGCAAGGAUUCCAUGUGAUGGCUAACUUAUGGG